GUUCAAUGACUUUGGAGGUGCAAGCUGGCGAGGUGAACUGAUAUUGUAAGUGCAUGGCAUGUCAGUUGCAGUAGGUUGGUUGUCGUUGGCGGCUAGCGUGGGUGGUUGAGUGGAAUCCGGUUCUACCGAGUUUGCUGCAUAAUGCUUCGGGUGCAGAGUUCUUGUGAUAUGCUCCCAUUUCACCCAUGUUCGGUGCUGGAUUUGCUUUUGCAGGAUUAUGGUAUACAUUUGGUUCAAUUUUGGCCUGUGCAUGAUGGCAUGGUAGGGAGAAUGUUGAUGUUACUAACUUGUGAACAUGUUCAAUUAAGUCUCAAUGUUGCUGAAUUUCCAGGAUUUAUAGCAGUGUUUGGAGUAUGGACCUGUGGCAUCUACCGAAUUUCGGUCUGAGUAACAUGUGCGGUUUUUCUAUUGACUAACGGAGGCUUGACUUCGUUUUCAGGCAUCACGAGACGAUCCUUCAGCGGUGUUAGUCCUCUGUUCACGCUGUUAGAUUUGAAAUGCGAGGGUAUGAAUCGAGUGAAUGCGCUAGCCAAUCCUGUAGGCUAGUAUGUGCAUAGCUUGACAAUUCAAUGAGUAGAGCUUGUUGAUGAUGGUAUGGAUGCAACAAUAAUCACAGGCAGCUUGAAUUUUAUCGAUGGAACAACCACUUUCAAUAGUGCAACUGUUGCUGCUGUUGGAGAUGAGUUUAUAGCUCAGGACAUAGGGUUCCAAAACACGGCAGGCCCAGAAAAGCACCAGGCGGUUGCUCUCCGCGUAGGUGCUGAUCAAUCUGUCAUCAACCGUUGUAAAAUUGACGCAUUUCAAGACACCCUCUACGCACACUCCAACCGACAAUUUUACCGUGACUCCUUCAUUACCGGUACUGUUGACUUUAUCUUUGGAAACGCAGGUGUUGUGUUCCAGAAGAGCAAACUUGUGGCCCGAAAGCCCAUGAGCAAACAAAAGAACAAGGUCACAGUCCAAGGUCGAGAAGACCCAAACCAGAACACUGCAACUUCAAUUCAGCAAUGUAAUGUCAUACCAAGCUCGGACCUCAAGCCUGUGCAAGGCUCCAUCAAAACAUACCUAGGCCGUCCAUGGAAGAAAUACUCCAGGACUGUUGUGUUGCAGUCCGUCGUGGACAGCCAUAUUGACCCAGCAGGAUGGGCUGAAUGGGAUGCCGCGAGUAAGGAUUUUCUGCAAACAUUGUAUUACGGAGAGUACUUGGACAGUGGAGCAGGUGCUGGUACCAGCAAGAGAGUGACUUGGCCUGGUUAUCAUAUCAUCAAAACUGCUGCAGAGGCUAGCAAGUUUACAGUAACACAGCUCAUCCAGGGCAAUGUUUGGUUGAAGAAACACAGGGGUAGCCUUCAUUGAAGGCCUGUAGAAAUCGGCUUCAGCAGGCGUGUACUAUUAUGUUUCUGUAAAAAAAAGGAAUAGUAGUAGCAGCCACACCAUUCUUAUUAGAACUCAUUCCUAUUCUACUUGGAACAGGAUGCCUUCUUGUACCAGAAGCUGGGAAAGAAAGCUGCUUCUUAGCAGGAGUACUUGGCACUUUGCUUUUAGUCUUUGCAACCUUUGCAGCACCUUUUGCUGAUCAGAGAGCCUACAAUCAGGGUACCUUAGACCCUCCAAUGAACUUGCUGGUCGUAGUGGUGAAUAUAAGGACUUCAGAACAUCAGGAUGGGAGUUCAAUGAAUUGUACUGGUGUAUGUAACCAAUAAAAAGGCUCAUAAAACCUCCAGCACAUAAUGCUUCAACUACCAUAAUAAUCCCCAACAUUGCAGAGAUUGACAGAAAACCAGUGUAAGGUUUCCAAACAAAUAACAAGUAGCAAUGCAGCAGUACCAUAAGCUGUCAUGGCAAAGGGUAUCAGUGUUUGGAGACAGAGCAGCAACAAGUUCCCAAGGGUACCAAUCACCAGUUUUGGGAUGUCUACUCACAGAAGGAACCUCAAAAAUUGGAGCCAAAUGCAUUCCUUUAUAAUUCUUCUUCUUUUCAUCGGUACAACUAAGAAGACGAGUAACAGGUCCAGGUUGUUUAACCUUCAUAUCAAAGUAAUUCUGACUUUCAACAGAAAACAGUGUGUGCAAUCUCCAAGAUACCUUCUUUACCCCUUCUGUAAAAUCAAUACCCAUCAUCAUCAAAAAAAAAACAUAAUUCAAAAGAGAUUCCAUCAACUCUGCGUACUUGUUUUUCUCACUGUUCUUUUUCUUAGCAACUGAAGCUGUGUAAUUGUUCAAAUCAAACCUUUCAACGAAGAAUUAGAACUCAAAUUCUGGUGGGGGGUAACUGGAGCAACUCCUUGAACAGUAGCAUUUGUGGUUUGAUUUGUGACCCUAGAUGGUUCUAUUUUUACAAUUUGAGUGUUGUUUGUGGCUGGAAUAGUAACUGCAUCUUGUGAUGAAUUUUUGUGCGCACUUGUGUUGUUGGGAAAUGAAGAUUGAGAUUGAGAUUGAGAAGUUGCAUUGGUAGAUCUAGUUGUGGAAGUGUUGUUUUACCACAUGUAACAGUACCUUUGGUGUAAUUUGGAUAUGGACAUGGGUUUAUUUUAGGGUUUUCGGAAUUGGGUUGAUUUUGGUCAAAGUUGACCAAAAAGUCAACUGUUGACCAAAGUCAACAGUUGGUCCAAAAGUGUCAAUUUUUUUUUGUAUUUUCUUGUGGAAUCAAAUGUAAUGGUUUAGAAUGGUGUGAAAUGAAUUGAAAUGGUUUGAAAAUUGAUUUGAAA